ACAUUUCAAAUAUCCAUUCUUCUCAUAAUUUCAGGGUUUAAAAUAAAAUGAAACGUUAGAGCUUGAAGUAUGUAGUAAAAACCUGGAGAUCUCUACUCCAGUAAAACCUGGAGAUAUCAACUCCGGUAAAACCUGGAGAUAUCAACUCCAGUAGAACCUGGAGAUCUCAACUCCAGUAGAACCUGGAGAUAUCAACUCCGGUAAAACCUGGAGAUAUCAACUCCAGUAGAACCUGGAGAUAUCAACUCCUGAACCAAGCACUGCUGCCGGGGAAUGUUGUCUGGACACUGUUAAAAUGACAUGAACUAUCUCAACAAUGUGGAACAAGAAAAUGUGCCGAUGUCCGAUGAUCUUCGGUAUGAAUCUAGUUCUACUCCUCUUUCUGAAACCAAAACCUGGAUUUUCACAAUCCUACUCCGGAGUAUUCCAAUCCCAACCCGGAGCAAUUCAAUCCCAUCCCCAAACACCCGAAUUUCAUCCUGCUUUAUCUCAAUCCUAUUCCGGAAAAACACCGUCCUACCCCAAAGGUAUACCGUCAUAUUCCGGAGCCAAACCUUCCUACUCCGAACCUAAACCGUCCAAUUCCGGCUCUCAACCUUCCUAUUCUGGAGAUAUCCACUCCUAUCCCGGAGAAACCCACUCAUAUCCCGCAGAAACCCACUCCUAUCUAGGAGAAACCCACUCCUAUCCCGUAGAAACCCUCUCCUAUCCUGGAGAAACGCACUCCUAUCCCGGAGAAUCUCAACUCAGCACUCAACACAAUGAAAUCAAUUCUAAUUCAAACCAACCAGUGCUAAAAGACGCUAAUUCUGUCUCUCAACGCAUUUCAAAUAAUUUGGUUAAUUCAAAUAUUUAUUCUCUAAAUGAUAAACUGGAGAAAGAGAAUACAGAAACUUAUAUUUCUUCAGUCUUUACUCCUCCUCCUUUUCCGAAUGUGAGAAGAACAGUUCCGCUUCAAUCUGGAGAUGAACUACACAGAUAUCAGGGUAUUCCCAGACCACUGACAAAGGUUCACGGUGCGGAUACAGCCUUCAAUUCCUACCUCAACCCCAGAUUUUCUCCAGACCCUAGUAAACACAAUCCAACCCUAUCUCCGGGUCUCAGCAACAAAUUCCAACCUUUGAACAAUCAAAUUACGGAAAGGGAUGGAGAGAAUCGAGGAGAGGAUGAGAAAGAAGUUUUUAUUUAUAUUGAGGAGGUUAAGAACGGAGAAGUGUUUAAGGAAGAGAACACGGAGAUUAAAACCAACAGUAGAGAAGAUGCACCAGUAGUUAGUACAGAAAACAGUCCUGGAGGACCUGGAGUCAGGGUUUAUAGAGCUUAUCAAUUUAACAAGGAAAAUACACUUGACACUGUAGCUUCAACACAGGCUCUUUAUAAAAGACUUCCAAGACGAACUGAGAAAAACGAGACAAAGGUAGAAGAUGAAGAGGAAAAGAUGGAUAAUGAAGAAAAGGAAGAAGAAGAAAAAGAAGAAAAAGAAGAAAAAGUAAUGUUUCUGAAAAGUUUGGAGAUGGGAAAGAGCACCACACCCAAAACAAUAACUAAUCUAAAAACCAAAGAUGUAACUAAUAUGACUGCAGACGAUAAAAAUACUAAAAUUGAAGGAAAUACAAUCGACACUGAUACAUUUGAAGAAAGUGAAAAUGAAAGUGAGGGAAAAAUUAAAUUAGAUUUAGAGGAUGAAAAAUCCUCCUUAGAAAUAGUAAACAGUUCGUCAGUGAAUAAUACAAUAGAAGAAAAAGAAAAGAAAAUCUCCGAAAAAGGCGAAGAAAGUUCCGAAAAAGAAGAAGAAAGUUCUGGAAAAGAGGAGACAGAAAGCAAUGAAGAAACUGAAGAAAGUUACGAUGAAGAUGUAGAAAGCUCUGGUGGAGAGAAUGCUAAAAAAACUAAAAAGAAGAUCAGCUCCGACGAAAUGGAAGGAAGCGGCGACGAUUUCUUAGAUGACAUUCUAGCGGAGGAUUUUACUUGUCUUUCUUCCGAUUUGUCGGAAACAUGUCUGGAGAAUCUUUCACUUGAGGAAAAUAAUGAUGAAACCAAUGAUGAGAGAAAGAAGAGAAAAGAUGAAACAGGAAUUAUGCUAGAACAAUGCGACGUAUUCGAGGACGAGACGGAGGUAGAGGAGUGCUCCGAGAGGAACGUCCUCGGCCAGGAGAUAGAGUCCGAGAUGCUCCUGGUCUCGAGGCUCUACGAGAAGAAGAUGAGAAUGGAGCGAGCUAUCCAGGAGAUGAUGGAUAGGUUGGAGGGGAAGGUUAAAAAAACAAGUUAUAAGAAAGCAUACAAAAAAUUUGCUAAACAGCUUAUAAUAAUUAUAAUAAUAUUGUAUAGAGAACAGUACUGUUGA